UCAGGUUCAAUCCCCAGUUGGGACUCUUGCAAGAGGCAAUAAAUUGAUGUUCAUCUCUCCCUCUCUUUCUCUAAAAUCAGUGGAAAUAUAUCCUCAGAUGAGGAGUAAAAAAAAAAGAGCAUUAGGUGAUAUAUACAUAUAAUUUUUUGGAAUGUCAAAUUUGUUAUAACAUUAGAAUAGGAAGUAAAAUUAUUUAGGAGACCAUUUAAAUAUUCCAGAUGCUUAUGAAUAUCUAGACAGUGUACUGCAGUAGGAUUAUAAAAGGACCUGUGUGGAAGACAUAGAGGAAUAACUGACUGAAUAUAAUAUCAUUAAAAGGUAAAUUAUGUUGUUUAAAACAAGAAUGGCUUCUUCUCCCCUCUAAAUGAAUGGACUCAGAUGCAACAAGAUCAACAUGUUCUGCUUGAGAUCCAGUGAGAAAGCAAAGGGACAGAGUCCUAGCCAGGCAGUUAUUAAUUUCUCCCUUCUUUGGUACACACUGAAGGGAAAGAAGGAGGUAGGUAUGUUCCAGAAGUAAUGAAUCCUUUCUCAUCAGAACACUAGAGGACCAGAACAUCUAAGGUGCUGCAUGCAGUAGCAGCUGAGGCCUGAGCACAUGUCCUAUUGUUUCCAGUAACCUGUAGAGAGGUCCAACACUUUCUUUUAGGGCCACCUGGAAGGAAAUUAGACAAGAAUUAUACUGCAGGUAAUCAGGGGUCUCACACCUAAGGUAUGUCAACAAACUAUGUCAUCAAGGGCAACAAGAAAGAGCGCUUCAAGCUAAAUUAACUUACCAGUUACAGUGGAACAUAGGUUCUUGAACUUAACUCGUUCCCAAAGGCUGUUCGAGAAGCUAUUUGUUUGAAAACCGAAUCAUGUUUUCCCAUUAGCAAAUGCUCUCAUCACAAUUUCCUGAGAUGUUAACAACUUGAGGUUUAGCAAUAAACUGACUCAUACUCUUGCAUUCUCUCCUUUGUUUCUCACCUGAGAGACCCAUGACUGAUCUAACAGGUAUCAGUAUGAAAGGGUUGUUCUAAAACUAAGACAUCUUUUUCAUGAACAACUUGGUCAAGAACCGAAUUGUUCGAGAUGGGAGACAUUCGAGAACUGGAAAACUAGUUUUGAAAACUCCUAGCCAAAAAGUCAAUCACAUACAAGAUUAUUUACGAGUUAAUAUAUAUAAAGUGCUUAGAACAGUGCCUGACAGAGUAGUAAAAGCUAUGUUAGUACUGGCCAUUAUAAUAAUUAUUCAAUUUCAAACAUAGCAUGCUAUAUAAAAGUUGUACCAACUAGCUUUAGCUACUUUCGGGGCAGUGUGAUAAUCAGAGAAAGUCACAGUAUUAUUUAUCUGGAAGGCCGACACCAGUCAAUGGAGGUUUUUACAGGAGUUCAUACUAAGGCACUGGGUGUGGGAUAAAAGGGAAAGGAAGGGAAGACUUAAGGAUAAUACAGAAAUCUUGAGCCUGAUAAACUGUAAAUAUACGACUUGCAAAUAGAGAAGGUGGCUUUAAGGUGUUAACUAAACUUACAGAAAAAAAAUUUUAUGAGUUUUUUAAGAGUUUAUGUGCCCCAAACAGAAGACAUGCCUGGACGCAAAAUCUCAACAGUGAGAAAAAUGCUUCCCAGAAUGACAGUUUUCAGUUUCUUUUAAACAUUUGGAAUAAAGAAGGGAAGUGAAAAAGAUUACAUGAAAAUGGGAAAAAGCAAGGCAGGGAAAUCUUUAUGAUAGGAUUACAGGAUAGUUGAAAUGCUUUCUUGAGAUUACAUAUCUGAGGGAUGAAAAAGGUAUUUCAAAGGUAUGUUAACCUAGAUACACAAAAACCAUGGACAGGGCUUGCUUAAGGCAAAGGUAAACUUUCACUAGGUAAGUUAUAAACCUGAAGCAUGACUACCCAUCCUGAUCUUCCUAGUUAGGAAUUUAUGAUCAGACCACCUUGUGAAGUUACUGUUAGUUAGAUUUAUUACAGAGCCCCUUUUCGUCCACACAGGGAAGAAAUUGUAGGUUUAGAAUGGAUAGAAUUUUAAGCAACGUAGUUUGAGCUAUAGUUUAUAUACCAUAAAAUUUACCCAUUUUAAGUGAAUAAGCAAUUAUUUUAGUAUUGUGCAACCAUUACCACAAUUCAAUUUUAGAAUAUUUUCAUCUCCCAAAUAAGAUCCCUUGUUCCCAUCUUUAGUCAUCACUUAUUUUUACUCCCAGCCUGUUGUAUUGAUUUUUUUGAAAAUAAUUAUUUAAAGUAAUUUUUCUUUUUCAGGAUGGCAUAGUAAAUCCAACAAUAAGAAAAGAUUUGAAAACCGUACCGAAAUUCUACUGUUGUCCAAUUGAAGGAUGUCCUAGAGGCCCUGAUAGGCCAUUUUCUCAAUUUUCUCUUGUAAAACAGCACUUUAUGAAAAUGCACGCCGAAAAGAAGCAUAAAUGUAGUAAGUGCAGCAAUUCAUAUGGCACUGAAUGGGACUUGAAAAGACACGCAGAGGAUUGUGGGAAGACCUUCCAGUGCACAUGUGGCUGUCCCUAUGCCAGUAGAACUGCAUUACAGUCCCACAUCUACCGAACUGGCCAUGAGAUCCCUGCAGAGCACAGGGAUCCACCUGUUAAGAAGAGGAAAAUGGAAAACUGCCUGCACAACCAGAAGUUGUCCAAUAAGCCCAUUGAAUCAUUGAACAACCAGCCAAUCCCAAGACCAGACACUCAAGAAUUAGAAACUUCAGAAAUAAAGCUAGCCACUUCAUUUGAGGACUCUUGCGGUUCUAAUACCAGAAAGCAGACUCUUACAACAGCUUCAAAAUAUCCUCAGAAGUUGCUUUUACCAAAGCCCAGAGUGGCUUUGGUUAAACUACCUGUUAUGCAGUUUUCUCCUAUGCCUGUCUUUGUGCCUACAGCUGACUGCUCGGCCCAGCCUGUGGUGUUAGGUGUCGAUCAUCAGGGCUCUGCCCCCAGUGCUGUGCACUUACUGCCUUUGUCAGUAGGAACUCUGAUCCUUGGCCUUGAUUCAGAGGCCUGCUCUCUUAAGGAGAGCCUCCCUCUUUCAAAAAUUGUAAAUCCUGUUGCUGUUGAGCCAAUUAGUACAGGUGUUCAAGUGAACUUGGGUAAAAGUCCAUCUAAUGCUAUGCAAGAACUAGGGAGCACAUGUCAAAAGAACGGUAUUUCUUCGAUCAAUGUACAGACAGAUCUGUCUUAUGCCUCGCAACACUUUAUACCUUCUACACAGUGGUUCAGCCCUGAUUCCUCUGUAUCGUCUUGUUCUCAAACUGAUCUGACUUUUGGUUCUCAAGUUUCCCUUCCCAUUAGUGUUCAUACUCAAACCUUUUUGUCCAGUUCUAAGGUAACUUCAUCUAUAGCUGCUCAGACUGAUGCAUUUUUAGAUGCCUCUUUCCAGUCAGGUGGGAUCUCCAGAGAAACUCAAACCAGUGGAAUGCGAAGUCCGACGGAUGACCGAGUACAAAUGGACCAAGCUGUAAUGUGUGGAGACAUUUUUGAGAGUGUCCAUUCAUCAUACGGUGUUUCUACAGACAAUAUUAUAAGCAGCACCUUAGUAGGAGAGACUGUCACUCAUGGUUUGUUACCUCAGAACCACCCUAAGACUUUAAGUCAAGAUAUUGAGAAAUCUGCACCAGUUAUAAAUUUCAGUGCACAGAACAGUAUGCUUCCUUCACAGAACAUGAUAGAUAAUCAGACCCAAACUAUAGAUUUAUUAAGUGAUUUAGAAAACAUCUUGUCAAGUAACCUGCCUGGUCAGACACUGGACAAUCGUAGUCUUCUGUCUGACACAAGUGCUGGACCUGACACCCAGCUCCCAUCUGGCCCAACCCAGAAUCCUUCAAUUGAUUUUGAUAUCGAAGAGUUCUUUUCGGCCUCAAAUAUCCAGACUCAAACUGAGGAGAGUGAGCUCAGCACCAUAACCACUGAGCCAGUCUUAGAAUCACUGGACAUAGAGACCCAAACUGACUUCUUGCUUGCAGACUCUUCUCCCCAGCCCUACAGUUAUAGGGGGAAUUCUAAUUUCUUAGGCCUUGAAAUGUUUGACACACAGACACAGACAGACUUAAACUUCUUUUUAGACAGUAAUCCUCAUCUGCCUCUGGGAAGUAUUCUGAAACACUCCAGCUUUUCCAUGAGUACUGAUUCAUCUGACACAGAGACCCAAACUGAAUGCAUCUCCACUGCUAAAAACAUAUCUGCUCUGGAAAGCAAGGUUCAGUUGAACAGUACGGAAACACAGACCAUGCGUUCUGGCUUCGAAACCCUGGGGAGUUUGUUCUUCACCAGCAAUGAAACUCAGACAGCAAUGGACGACUUUCUUCUUGCCGAUUUGGCCUGGAACACAAUGGAAUCUCAGUUCAGCUCUGUAGAAACCCAGACGUGUGCAGAACCACACACGGUCUCCAAAUUCUAAAAGGAGUCACAUGGUGUGGGACGGCAUUUACAAUUGCCUUCUAGAUUUAGAAAUGAAGAGUGAAAACAACAGUAUUAACUCUGUUGAAUGUAGUUAAUAUGCAGUUGCUUCAAUUCUUUGAGGUUCUUUGCCUUUUGUACUUGUAAAACAUGAAAUUUGUGUAUAAAUGUGAGUGUAUUAUAAAGUGAAAAUGUUGAUCUAAAAAGUAUUAUAUUGUGUUGCCUACAUUUGCCCUUCCACAGCUAGUCUUCCCAUCUUUUAAAAAAAAGGGGGGAAAUCUCACACCUUUUAAACCCAUCUAUCCAUUUAGCUGAAGCCAAGCUUACCAAGUACUAGGGUACAGACUUUUCAAAUCUCCAAAAUAUUUUAGUCCAAGUGUGACUUACUUAAAUUGCACCUAAAAUAUUUUUGACAGUUCUUGUUAGAAAUUCCUGUUCCCUGAUAGUAACACCUAAAGAAAUUCAAUGCUGCGCCAUCAGAUUAAAAUGCCGGUGCUUAGAUGGUUUGAGACUCCUGCUGCCUGCAGCUUCACCUGCUUUGACAUCUUACUGUCUUCUGACUUGCAGACACAAGUGAAAACUACAUCUGUCUUUAGCUUUCCAGACAGUUUUCAUGUAGUCAUUGCCAUCUCUCCCUUUACGUGAAGUAUUAUUGAUACCAAUGUAAGUGUACAGUACUUUCCUUACAAGAAAUGUGUUGUAAAAUUACUGCUUAAAGUAGUAGUGGCAAGCAAUUAGUGUAAAUAGUGAUCCUUCUAGUCUGAAUAACUGUCAUUCCAAUGGGUUGUGGAAUCAUGCCUAUUAGCUCAUACCGAGUGUGCCCUAUAAACACCCUCUCCUAUUUUCUAGAGUAGGCCAGGGUGGUGCUCCAAGGCUGUUUGUCAAAGUACACAGGCUGGAUCUGAGUUUUGUCACUAAAUGUUUAAAAAACAAACAUGGAAAGGGAAAGGGACAUCCCCUCUUACAUUUCAAUGCAUUGCAUUAGCUUGAAAGAGAAGAGUGCAGUGAACAAUUAUUUUAAAGUGAAUCUUUUCACCCACCUCUCAUCUUUUCCUUGAAUAAGGAAAGACAUUAGUCUAACAAGGAUAUUAUUUGUGCCUUGAGGAUAGCAAUUAUAGAAUAGGUCCAGCUUCUGCAUUUUGUUGCUUAAUUUUUUUAGAAAGGAUAAUACCAACCAGUCUUCUUCAAAGAAACAGGUGAAGACCAAUUGCUUCAAUAAUCAAGGACAUGUAUGUUUUGAGGUGGGAGCAUGGUCAAAGAUG